AUGGCGUCUUAUGAACUGAAGAACACGCAGAUCCUUGGCGGACAUGAGGCUCGGGAAGUCUCGAGUCACGAUCGCGAUGAUUUUCAUUUACAGCGAUUGGGGAAAGCUCCUGUGCUGAAGCGAAACUUUGGCAUUCUCUCCAUUUUGGGGUUUAGUUGUACCAUCAUCGCGACUUGGGAAGGUUUACUAGAUACAUUCAUCAUUGCAUUGACCAAUGGAGGAUCUGCAGGCGCUGUGUACGCCUACAUUUUUGCCUGGACGGGGACAACGUGCUCUUUCCUCGUCCUGUCGGAGUUGGCAUCGAUGGCACCGACAUCGGGAGGCCAAUAUCAUUGGUGCGCCAUGCUUGCUCCGCAGAAGAGAAUGAAAUUCUGGAGUUAUAUCACCGGCUGGCUUGCAGUUAUUGGUUGGCAGGCUGCAUUUGCUUCAACGGCCUUCCUCUGCGGAACUGAGAUCCAAGGAGCUGCAAUCCUCGCGCACAAGAACUACAAUGCAGAGGCCUAUCAAGGUACACUCAUUCUAUGGGCCAGUCUCAUAGUCGCGCUAGCAGUCAACUUAGUCGGGGGGAAGUUCCUACCCAGGCUUGAGAACCUUAUCCUAUGCGUUCAUAUCCUAGGCUUCUUUGGAAUCUUGAUUCCCAUGACAUACAUGGCGGAUCACAGAACCAAGGAACAAGUCUUCAUUGAGUUCACCAAUGGCGGUGGAUUUGCCACAGAUGGACUUUCCUGGUUUGUCGGAAUGACUGGUUGUGUCUUUGCUUUUGCUGGAGGUGAUGCAGCAGUUCAUAUGGCCGAAGAAGUUGCAAAUGCAUCACGCGCAAUCCCACGCGCGAUAAUGCUCAGUAUUGUGAUCAAUGGCACGCUCGGAUUUGGCAUGCUCAUCGCAGUUCUCUUUUGCAUGGGAGAUCUCGAAGUUGCACUGAACAGUAACACUGGUUAUCCCUACAUCGAGAUCUUCUACCAGGCAACAAAUUCCGUGCCUGGAACGCUGGCCAUGGUCUCAGUCAACCUUAUCAUUUCGGUUUGCUCGGUGAUCGGCAUGCUGGCGGCAACAUCCCGCCAAUUCUGGUCUUUUGCCCGCGAUCGUGGGAUUCCAGGAUGGCGCUGGUGGAGUCACGUUUCCGGGAGACAUCUGCCAACUUAUUCCGUCUACCUGACGAUGACGGUCGCGUGGCUGCUUGGGCUUAUCAACAUCGGCUCUUCUGUCGCUCUCAAUGAUGUUACUUCGAUGGCAGUCUCUGGUCUCUACGCGUCGUAUCUCACAGUUGCUCUCCUUCUCCUUUACCGCCGUUGUCGUGGUGAUAUCAGUACAUCUGACGACAAUGACGAAAUGAUCAUCAAUGUGCCGGGAGCCAAACUUGUCUGGGGUCCAUUCCGUGUUCCUGGAAUCUUGGGGAUGUUGGUCAAUGGAUAUGCCUGCAUUUACAUGACCAUUGUUGUGUUCUUCAGCUUCUGGCCUUCUUCGAUGAACCCCUCUGUUGAGGAUAUGAAUUACAGUGUGGUUGGCACUGUCGGUGUGAUCAUAUUGGCUAUUCUGUACUAUUUCGUGCGGGCGCGGAAUAUUUACACGGGUCCAGUAAUGGAGGUUUCGAUGUGA